AUGAAAGGUGUUUGGAAAAAGCUCUGCCCUCAGUUGUUUGGUACUUAUGUUGAAGGGUUUAUAGAACCAGCAGAAAUUGUACAGCAGAACACAGAAGCAAUCGUUACUCUUGCCAACAAAUUGGAUCGGGACAUCUCUACAACUGACGUAAAUGAACUUCUUGAAGCACAAGAACUUUCAAAUGAAGACCUCUCAGAUAUGGAAGAACAAAAGGACGUUGAAGAGGUAGAAGAUGUUACUGCACCUGAAACUCCUUGUAGCGGACUGGGUCCUAUACCAGAGUACACCCCAGUUUACUGGAGGGGGCUGCUGGUGCACCUCCUGCCCAGUGAUUAUGGUCCCGGAAAGAUAGGACCCCUUUAA